AUGGCUGGACAAGCUGUUAUCAGAGUAAAGGUAGUUUCUAAUAUGCAUGAGAGAAAAGCUGUGAUGGCUGGACAAGCUGAUGCAUUCAUUGCACUUCCUGGAGGAUAUGGAACAAUGGAAGAGGUGAUGGAGAUGAUAACAUGGUCACAGCUUGGAAUUCAUAAUAAACCAGUUGGUUUGUUAAAUGUUGAUGGCUACUACAAUUCCUUGCUCGAACUAUUUGACAAUGGUGUGAGAGAUGGUUUUAUUAAGCCGGCUUCUAGGCACAUCGUUAUUUCUUCUCCGAAUGCAACUGAAUUGCUUGCGAAAAUGGAGCUAUACACUCCCUUGCACCAAGAGGUUGUUCCGAGGCAGAGCUGGGAGGUUGUGAAUUUAUGACUAUAUCUAGGGAUCAAAUUCGUUUGCUGUUGUUU